AUGGGAUCACAAACCACAUCCCCUAAUGGGGCAAUAGACUCUAGACCUGUUUUAUUCUUCGACAUUGAUAAUUGUCUUUAUCCCAGAAGUGCCAAAGUCCAUGAUCUAAUGGCAGAUCUGAUAGACAGAUACUUUGCGACACAUCUAGGCCUUCCAGAAGAAGAAGCCAUCAAGCUUCACCAAGAGUACUACCAGAACUACGGUCUCGCCAUCGAGGGUCUAGUACGGCAUCAUCAAAUCGAUCCCCUGGACUACAAUGCUAAGGUCGAUGACGCUUUACCUCUCGAAAGCAUCAUCAAACCUAAUCCGCAGCUGCGGAAACUACUCGAGGACAUCGACAAGUCCAAAGUGAAAUUAUGGCUUCUCACCAAUGCAUAUGUCACGCAUGGUCAGAGGGUUGUCAGGCUUCUGGGCAUAGAGGACCAGUUCGAAGGCCUUACGUACUGCGACUACUCGCAAAUUCCUAUUAUCUGCAAACCGCAUAAGGACAUGUUUGCUAAGGCGAUGAAGGAAGCUAAGAUAGAGCGAUCCGAAGACUGCUACUUUGUUGACGACUCAUUCGUUAAUGCGCAAGGUGCUCAAAACCUAGGCUGGACAUCAGUCCACAUUGUUGAGGAGGGACUACCAGUCCCAGCAUCCCCGGCAUCUAAAUACCAGAUCAGGCACCUAGAGGAGCUACGAGGGGUAUUCCCGCAAUUCUUCAAGUCGGGAAACCAAGCUUAA